UCGACAGUGACCGCAAAGAACUCGGAUUGCUUUGACCACAUGUGUAAAGCCAGGAAGAAAAGAAGGAUACUGUAAUCGUAAGCAGUCAACGAGAAACCAAGAACCUCAUCAAGAUGUUGAAGUGGACCGUUACGAAACGUCCGGAAGGCGGUGCAGCAGCCGCAGUACAACGGCACCAGCAACGACAGAAUGGUCCCACCGUGCACGCACGAAGAUCGUUAGGAGCCCUCAGUGAACGCAACAUCUACAGCGAUAACAUAACCGCUGCCAGCAAGGUGAAAGCCCGACGUUCCCUUGGAGCUACCAUGCAUCGCCACGCACACAUCGACAAAGAGAAUCAAUGUGUAACUUCAACGCCACAUCCUGUAGCAGCCGGAAGUCGGACUUCAGCUUCUCCCUAUUCCAUGGCUCUCCGAGACGUCAGCAAUAUCACACCCAACUCAACGCCUCGCCGUCUUUCCAUCACACCUCAAGGUCGCAAGCGAACCCUUCCAGUGUCACCUCCAAGUGCGAUCACCUCAACCGCCAAAAAGGACACAAACCUACCCUAUGCAUCCACUCUACCAACGUUCGACAUCGAAUACUCCCCUUGCGGUGUCAAAAACGUCCCAUUUCUAGCCUUGCGGGGUCUCGGACUAACUGACUCCUACUUUGAGAAUCCAGGCCGCUACUUCCCGGACGAUCAACCUUCAGCAGCGAAACGAUCCAAACCCUUCGUCGCACCGGCACCUCCACCGGACAAACCAGAUCCUGGUCUAACCCCACUAUCCUCCCGUCUGUCCGAACUUCGGUUCAGCAAGAUUAGCUUCAAGCGCCAUGCUGAACCAAAAACAAUCAACAACAACCAAAUCUUCAACGACGAGGAACCAUCGCUCAAUUCGUCCGAAAUGGGUGAUAUCACACUAGACAAGAUGAUCGAUGCAAUCCUGGAGAGCGCCCAGAAGGAUCAUCCAAAGCGUAGCUCCAGCGUUAAAUCCAAACAAACGAAAAUACCCUCCCCAACGUACACGGCUGCUGACGACCCCGCAUCCGAUCUCUACAAAGACACUCUCAUCGAACAACUCCCGCCAAAAUUAAUCGCACAAGUCGAAACCACCAUCAUCCUGGAAGAAUCCACCAACAUCAAUGAACGUGAAGUCAAAACGCCGGAACCCGCCAAAAGUGCUAAAUCCCUCCGUCAAUCACUUACCCGUUUCGUCCUAGCUAGCCCACUAGAUGCCUGUCACCUGCGGCGACAGAAAGCGGUCCGAAGAAAAAACAAAGCCGACCAAAUCGAAAAGGAACCGUCCGAAAAGAAGCCCUGCCGCAUCGGACUGACCCUUCCGAACGGAAUCCCCAGUCCGGAAACUCCAAAAACCACCAGCUACAACCAAUCCAAACUGGAGCAGCUAGCGCAGAUGAAAACUCCAACGGAGACCGUAAUCGUCGUGGAUUCCGAUGUACCAAACAAAGCAGAGAACCCAGCCGGGUUGAGUACAAUCGAUGAAAUGACACCGAGCAUUCGAUCGAUCGACCUGCAGGGAACCUCGACGCCAACCGGACCGGUAGAUGGAAUACUUUCGAUCGAAAAGACCCGCAAAUGCCUGGCUUUCUCUCCGACGCUCAGCGAAGACUCUCUGGAAAAGCGUCGCUCCGUAGCAUCGUCUACGACUUCACGCUGUUCGCGAAUGUCGAAUAUGGUCAAAGGUUCCCUGGAUUUGCAACUUCACGUCAACGAGGAAGACAACGCCAGAAAGCUGCACGUUCACGUCAUUCGCUGCAAAGAUCUUCAACGAUCCGGUGGGAGUACGAUAAAUGCUUACGUCAAGGUUGCCGUUGUGAAUCCAGCGAAUCCCGGUGCGGAACAAGGUUUCCAACGAACGGCGGUGCAUCGGAACUCGAGCAAACCGCUGUUCGAUCACCGGUUCGUGUUCGAGCUGGAGCCCGGAGUGGACGAAGAAGAAGCACGCCGCAUUCAGUUGGCAGUUUGGCAUCGGGACCGAGAGUGCAAACGCAGCGAAUUUCUAGGAUGCAUGUCAUUACCCCUUAAAAAUGUCAACAAACAGGAAAUUAAUGGCUCUUUCAAGCUACAACCGCAGUCGUGUUUGACGAACCCCUCGCCACCAAUACCAGACAUGUGCGAAAACUCGCAAUCCAGCGUUGACGAGAUCGUCAGCGUGGAGGAAAGUGCUGCGCUAGUAAGCGCAACCGCCAGCAGCCUCCCGGAACCUAUAAGCCUAAGUAAAAAGGCGCUCCAUCAGCGAGAUGCCGACGAAAACCUGUUCCUUCGAUUCCUGGAGCUGGAUCCGCCGCUGGAAACCGGAACCGUUCCGUCAACUCCCCGCCGUAGUUCAAUCUGUUCAAACAAACCGAACCCGGGUCGAACUCCUUUCACCAUCACUAAAAAACUGAACCGGAUCGGCGACAAGGGUUUCGGAUUUUCGAUCGUUUGGACCCAUCCUCCACGGGUGGAGAAAGUUGAACCCGGUUUGUCCGCCGAGAAAGCCGGAAUCCUGCCGGGAGACUACGUAGUCUUUGUUGACAAGCACAAUGUCGUCACGAUGCCGGAACUGGAUGUACUGAACUUGAUCAAAACCCAAGGCAAUACACUGCUGCUGGAAAUCUUUCGACGUCCACAACGGCCCACUAAUGGGCUCCGGCCGGGAAGUGCUGGUGCCACUUCCACUAGCAAUCUGAUCAACUAUGCACCAUUCAACGCUCAGGUGCAGUUUCAUCAGCAACAGCAACAGCAGCAGCAGCAGCAGUUGCAACAGCUUCAGGAUGAGGAACCAUCGUUGAAACCUUCAACCGCGCCUGCCCGUUCGUCCACGGCCUGUUCCAACAUCUCGAUUGAAACCGCCAAGCGGAAACUCAAUCUUCCUCAAGUGACGUUCAGCAAGGAGUCAAUUCUACAGCAGUUCCCGGACGAUCAUAGGCGGAAGUUCUUAUACCAACUGAUAAGUCGAGAGCAGCACUUUGUGACGGCUAUCAAUUUCGGAAUUGAACGAUUUGUGAACCCGCUAAGGGAACGGAAGGAUAUCAUUUCACCCAACGAUCACAAAACACUCUUUCAGAACAUCGACGAGCUAUCCCGAAUAUCAGAAGACAUCCUAGAGCAAAUCAUCCAGGAUGAAACCGAGCCUCAAAUCCAUUUUGCUUCCCGCGUCUAUCUGUCCAAAUGUACGGCCCUCUGUGCGGCCUACAAAAAGUACUGUAACGGCCUGAAGAAAGCAGACUGCGUGCUGGUCAACAAAUCGAGAAAUAGUAACUGUGAUUUUAUGCAUUUUAUUACGGAGCCACCGGUGCCACGGAAACGUCCAGACUUAACCACCUUCAUACAUCGACCGUUGCAACAUUUUAGGGAAAUUUUAAAACUAUUCCAGAUGAUCGCCUCCCACUGUCGUGUAGAUAGUGAAGAGCAUAACAACUUCAACAGCAUCAUUAAUGAGUUGCAGGUGGCAUAUCGGGAAAUAACCGUCGGCGGUGGCCUGAUGGAACCAAUCGGGGAAGGUCGACCGUUGUUGACGUUACAAGACUUGGAAGCGCGAAUGGUUUUCACCAAGUGCAAACCAUUUCAGCUGGCUUCCCAUGGAAGGCAGUGGAUUUUCGGUGGUGAUUUAUCGCGAGUGGAAGGCCGAUCGGUGAAACCGUAUUGGACGUUGUUGUUUAGUGAUAUCCUACUAUUUGCUAAGGUUAGUCGAGACCGGGUGCUGUUCAUCACGGAGGAACCAAUUUCGCUGUCUACGAUAACGGAUUCAUGUUUCAACAUUCGGAAAAAGAAUACCGAGUUCCGGAUAACGACCGAUCCGAACGGUCGCCAGAUCGAAAGCCCAACCGUUCACUGUGCUCCGGAUUUGACCCGCACGCCCAAGAGAAAUUCCAAGAAGCGAUGCAUAGUUCUGCGGGCGCCAUCAACCGAGCUGAAAGCCGUGUGGCAGAAUCUUCUCACCAGACAAAUAUUCCUAGUCAACGCAACACUUGGAUCAACCCCGCUGAGCAGCCCGCUGGAUUCGCCGGACAUCCUGCAAACGCUGGUCCCCAUCGGAGACAUCGGAGCAAGGGCUGCUUCGAUGGCAUCGGUCAAGGUACCUUCAUUGGACAACAUCCAUCUUAAGAAUCAACAGUCGAGGUCAAGUAAGGUCCCGAAGCAGGUCGAAGAAAUGAUCGAUGAAAAGUGUAGGAACCUGAACAAAACCGGCGUCCCCAAGGGCAGUGCGUUGCACCUGGCCCAGUGGAUGAAGGGGCAGCUGGACAAACAGGUAGUGGAGUCCGAUCCAAUCGAUUCCGAUCCCGAAGUGGCGAUCGAAGAGUGGUCUGUUGAACAGGUUGCGACUCGAUCCAAGGAGUUGAAGUUGGUCGAUACCGAUGGAAAUCUUUGCAAAACAAUGAAUGGGUCAGGGUCGAACCUCAAGUUGACCGAUGCACAUCUAGAGGAUGGAUCCACGUACGAUGGAGAUGAUGACAAUAGGAGUGUGUCGAAGAGUACCACCUCGGAUAGCCAGAUAACUGUUCGCUCGAGUCCCCUCAGCAAUAAAGUAGACACAAUCUCCGUCUGUCGGCAGUGCCACAAAAACUGCAAAAGUCGUAUGAACUCACCUAGCAGUAACUCGUUAACCGUUCAGCAUAGUCAAACUUCGUCCACGCGGUGUUGCGUGUCUUCCUCGACGACCACCAGCAGUCUGAACAAAAGCGCGAAUUCCACCUCCAGCAUUUCUUCCACCAGUACUCUAACAAUGCACAGCAAAUCACCCACGAAAGCGGAAGAACUUCACGCAACCACUGCGUUGCCAGAAACUCCAGAAUCUUCUCACAAGGCUUCACACAAGCAUCAUCCUCCAGCAGCGCUCAGCCUCAAUAACUACAAGACCAAGUGCCAAACGCCCUGUCACUGCAAGUGUACCCCAAAAGACUUCGAGAAGACUACCAUCAGUCCGGAUGAGGUGCUUCACGAACGAGUCAAAAUACUGAAGAAUGUAAACGAAGUUAACGCUAAUACAGGUUCUACCAAGCUCAAUGGACACCACACCACCACGCACGAACUGCGUACCAGUAGAUGUGAUAGUAGCAAAUGUGAUUCCACCGAUAACAAUAACAUCGAAGACUGGUCGUUGAUGUUGAUCGGUCUGGCCCAGAUAAACCCGGCGGCAUCUCUCGUUCAUAUGGACCCUUUCGAAGCAGUACCUACGAUCUCGGUAGUGCCACCAACUCCGGAUGCUCUAAACAGCAACAACAAGUACUCAAUGUCCCUUAAUUGGAGCGACUCGAACCGGCUUCAGCUGGGAAUGAUCAACGAAGACAACGGUGCUGAAUACGAUGAGUAUUCACCGGAUAACUCACCGGAGGACGAAGUAGCUGAACCUCCGUAUCGUGCACUGAGCACCGGAAUGAAACGAUACGGAACAUUGUCCAGUUUGGAACGGGUGCCGUCGGAUGAAACAGAUGACAAGACUUACAAUUCUUCGGAGGAAGAUUCCGAAAAUGAUAUCAAAAUCGUCACCAAGGAGGUCUACGACGAUAACGCACAAACGUUCCUAAAUUGGACGGCCCGGGCGGGAAGCUUCAUCGAAGAGUCUCGCGCCUUCAUCGAUCGGUAUCUUGGCCGAGGUAACACUGCCGACGAUGACGACGUGACCAAAGAAGAUGCCAAUGCUGAAGAAGAUCCCAUCGAAGGCGAAACAUCGGUGACCUCCGGUGAGGAGGUGUGGGGAACUCCAACGAGCGGAGGCGAAAACGACGACAUGCAAAUCUUCGGCAGUAUCGAACAAACGCACUCGUCGCCGACCAAGUCCUCAUCGUCCUACACCGGAGACGACGACACCGAACUGAUGAUGGACGAACUGCUGAUGGCACCGCCGAUGACUGCCAGUGCCGUGCGGGGUCUACUGCCAAGACGAAAGCUAGAACCACUGUUUGAAGAGGAAAGUGAGAGUUACGAAGAAUCGGAUGACGAUAGUAAGCCACUGAGUGGACGUGAUAAACAGGGGCAAGCUGUGGAAAGAAAUCGUCUGGAUUAUGUGGACUUAAAAGAUUCCACCGAAUCCGACUCAGUAAGUACAACGCCGUUGUCGACUCCUCAGCUGGAAACGAGGGAGACGGUGAAGACGACCACACCCGAAGAAAGCUAUGGGAAUGCUGCUGACAGAUGCUCUGCAUCUGUGCAGCUCCCGAACAUCGGGAUGCGCUCUGCAAGCGCUAUCGGUCGUUUCGGGGCGAGCUCCGGUGCUGCGCCGAUCCUCACGUUGCCUCCUCCGCCGUCUACCGCCCCACCACCACCCCUAUACGGGCUCAGUCCAAAGCUGGAAAUGCGUUUGGCGCUGAAUCACGAUAUUCUCGGCGACGAAGAUCUGAUAAGCUACAGCGCGACGCCGGAUCUGACUUCGAUUCUCGGGCAAGACCUCUCCACAUACCACCGGAUGAGCGGGAAGGAUAUCAUCAUGAAUCGGAUCAUCACCCGGGUGAACAGCUACAACAGUAUUCCGGCGGCAGCGGCCAAGCACAAUCUCAACAGCAAUCAAGCGCCACAACCCAGUUCCAGCCAUUCCAACUCUCCGGGCACCAGCAGCAGCCAGCCGCUGAAAAACGGAACGAGCUCAUCAUAUCAGCAAAACAAUUCAAAGAUGGAUACACCUACGCCCAAUCGGCGAAAAGCUCAAGAUCCAGCUACCUGGAACAGUUUUGGGUCUGUGGAUCGAGAAGAAAAGACUCUAUCGGACCUGGAGCGUUUGGCGAGGCGCGAGAAAGUCUACUGCAUGACUCAACUGAAUCAAAACGGCUCCCACCUGAAACAUACAGCUAGUUUCAACAAAUCCAAGACUUCCAAAUUGUUCAACUUUUUGUCGCGACGAAACUCGGAGAACACUCUUCAUGGACUCUUAAGCUCGUCACGAGACAGCGGUGACGAUGUUCCUACUUCCCAUUCGGACUCAAGCCGGAUGAACUCACCUCGGAAAGAUAAUGACAAAUCACUUGACCGUCGGUUUUGUAAGCAACUAAGCAAACGACGGCGUGGCAGUUUGCAUGAAGUCACUGCCAAUGGCACUUGAACAGUUACGGAAAAAGAACUGUCUUCGAUCCAGCGGCAACCAACCACCUGAAGCCAGUGACAGCAAGAUUUACGACCUAGACACAAAUAUUGAUUUCAGAGCAGAAGAAAACGUUAAGCAAACCUACCUACCUAACAAGUUUUAGCUAAUAUCCCGUACUGUCAGAAUCUAAGAUUAGUUCGUUCGAUAGAUAGUGUAAUAUGAAAACAGUAAACUAGAGACAAGGAAAUUGUUCGUUUUGAGGUAUUAUUGUCUUCUUCGUAUCCCUCUCUAAAUACUGUCCGGAGUGUUGUUAUUUUCUAUACGUAGUAAUUAGUGGAAUAAAAAGUUAUCAAACGAUGGAUUAAGAGUAGCCGCCUUCCAAGCUGUAGCUGGAUUUGGAGUGGCGACUGUUACUGUAACAUUUGGCAAUUUGUAACAACCGAUAAUCAACGUUGGAGUAACGAUAACUUAAUGGCAAAUAUUUGAAACGUGGGAGUCUAAAACACAAUAAUUAGGAUGUAGAUCAGUAAACAUUGUCAGGAAACGGUCCCAAAACUGGCGUAGACAGCAGAAGAAUAACAACAAUUAAGCGAAUCAAUUCGUGAUAGUAGGUAAUAAAAAAAAUCUUUUAUUCCUUUAUUAGUUAAGUAAACUAAAUCCAACCUUGUGAGAUUUUUGAUGAUACCAUAGUGUAGCGAUAAAUCGGUUCUCUAGUGUGUACAUAUUUUUAACUACAAUUUUAAAGAACACAAUUUGUUACUAUUUGCUAAAAUCAAAUUAGAACAAUGACAGGAGAACGAUUUUGUCGCCACAGUGAUAAUAAGAAUGAUACAAUUGUUAGUAGUUCCCGGUGCAAUCGUUUCGAAUAGUUUGUGAACAAGUUUGACUGCGUUUUUAGUGUAGUACGUACCCAGUAGCAGCGAAACGAUCUGUUAUGUCUUUAAGGAGAGAAGAUUUUAUGUUUUUGUUAGAUGUAGCACUUCAGAACAGGUCAAUUCGAUGCCAUCAGUAAGUAAAACGGGUCCCGUCCUAACUUUUUUGUAACGUGUAAACAGCACCGCUCUUAUUGGGAAAGCAUACAACAGCCAGUCCGCAAACAUAAUGCCAAAGUUUCUCAGUUUCGAAUUUCACAACGUCCAGCAUGAUUUUUCGGAUUCCGUCGAAUUAUUCCAUCACUCUCGUGUAAAUAGACGUCCCAGUUUUUAAAUGAUCAAUUCAAAAAAAUCUCAACCAAUACAUACAUUUUAAAGUUUUCAUGUUGAGUCGAACUAAAUAAAAUAGAUAACGGAAAACGCCAAAACGAGCAGCUUUACUAACAGAACUGUAAAGAUGAUUCAGUCUCUUUCAUAGCAAAUGAAAUACUCACUAAAUCGAAAACAUACAUCAGGAGACAGAUUGAAUAGCUUAAUAAAUUCAUUCACGGUUAACGAGCCAUAUAAGCGAAUCAAAAUAUCUGCAAUUUUGUCAAGCUCCAAUUGGAACAUUUUAAGACCACUCGAAUACAACAGAACAGACAAACACACACACAAACACACCCGCAUAGACGUAAAUAGCAUACAUUCUGCAGAUUUCAUGCAUUUAAAAUGCACUAUAGGAAAGAUUUUUUGAAACAGAACAAGUAUUUUGCCUUAUGAGAUCAUAGUUGUACAUUUUCGAGAAAUGAAUAAAAAAUAAAACACUAACAGGAAUACAUCAGUCUUAGCGCGGAAACAGCAUUAAACAACAGCUAAAGAAGCACUCUCUACAUUGAUACGGUUGAAGCAGCGGAAAAAAAGAAAUAAAUUUCACUUUCAUUACUCGAAAA